AAAGUUUCGCCACUAGAUGGUCGUAUAAUUCGUCUGCUAAUAUAUGCAAAUGUGCAAAACAAAUCCUGUUUAGUAUUUGCUAUCAAGCAAUCAAAUUCAGAGUAAUGGUAAGAUAAUUAAAAUGGUUUUUGAAUGCCAGAAAUCACCAUAUAAAAGAGAGUUCACAAGCACUGUUGUCUCUUGCGAGCCAUCUCAAAUUGAGAGGCUGGUCCUGGGUAAAAAAGAAAAAAUACCAGCAUUUGAAGUUAUAUUGGAGGAUACAAUUUUCUUUCCUGAAGGUGGAGGACAGCCAGAUGAUAGAGGUGUCUUGAAUGGCAUUCCUGUCUUGCAUGUGAAAAGACGAGGAAAGGAUGCAGUUCACUUUCUACCAGAGUGCCUAGAUGUUGGAGCGCAGGCAGUAGGGGUCAUUGAUUGGGAAAGAAGAUGGGACCAUAUGCAACAGCAUUCUGGACAGCAUCUAAUCACUGCAAUAGUUGAUACUUUGUUUGGUUACAAAACAACAUCUUGGUGGCUUGGGGAGUUUGUGUCCCAUAUUGAACUUGACACUGCCAAUGUAAAUGAUAUCCAACUCCAAAUCAUUGAAAACAAAGUGAAUGAAAAAAUUAGAGAAGCAACCUCUGUAGAAGUGGAAGAAUAUGAGGGGGAUGCUAUACCACAACAAGUACGUUCAAGGGGUCUUCCUGAUGAUCAUACUGGACCUGUUCGUGUCGUUACAAUUACAGGCGUUGACAGUAACAUGUGUUGCGGGACCCAUGUUUCAAAUCUAAGUCACUUGCAGUUUAUUAAAUUGCUUCAUACGGAAAAGGGUAAAAAGAACAAGACGAACCUCUUCUUCAUCUGUGGCAACCGAGUACAAGCUUUCAUGAAUCGAUCACUUGAAAGGGAGAGGCAGUUGACCAAAAUUUUCAAAAAUGGCCCGGAAGAUCACGUUGAUUUAGCAACGAAAUUACAAACCUCAGUUAAGGUUUUUCAAAAAACUUUGCAAGCUUUGAUGAAGGAAUUAGCUGUCGUUCAGGCAGAGAAAAUUAAAGUAGAGAAACCGAAAUUUGCCGUAGUUCACCGCAAAGACGGAGAUGCUGAUUUUGCAAGCGCUCUGAUAGCUGAGCUUGCUUCUGAGGAUGUCACUUUACUUAUUACCAUAGGAGAAGACAACAAUGGACAGAUGACGCUUGUUGGACAAGAGGAAGUGAUCGGCACCCUCGGUCCUAAGAUUUGCAGUUGUCUGGCGGGCAAAGGCGCUGCUAAAGGCAAAAGAUUUCAAGCCAAAGUUACGCAACUGGGUCCAUCUGCACGACAGCAAGCGGAGACGAUUCUUCGUGAAUACUUUCAAGUGAGUAACGUGAACAUUGCCGUUGCAAUUGACUAAAUGUUUUGUACUUUAACCUUAAAAGACUGGCAAUAAAGUGAUAUCGUUACA